AUGUCCUCAAAUUCAAAUUUAAAUUCACAAUAUCUCACCCCAGAGCCACAAUCAACAUCUGACAAAUCCGAACCUCUGAUCAAAGAAGAAGAAAUUGACUUUUCUAUAGUCGAUGCUUUACCACCACAAAAAACUGGUGAUACUGAAAAAUCUACAGAUAUAAUAAGUGCCGCUAUUCCAGUCAUGACUAUUUUCUUUGCUGAAUUCUUAAAUUCCUUUUACAUCUACCAAUUCCAACAUAAUACCUGCUUUCCGUCUUGUGAAGCUAGUGCAAAACAACAAUUAGAUGACAACGUUAAGUACAACGUUUAUAGCUUUAUUGUAUUAGGUGUAUCAGUCUUUGUUGUUGGAUACUUGCAAAUGUCUUUAUGGUCGGUUGCCGGUGAACGUCAAGCCAAUAGACUUAGAUUACUUUAUUACUCUGCGAUCCUUCGUCAAGAUAUCACGUUUUUUGACACGGUAUCAACGGGUGACGUCACCACUCGCAUAUCUGGAGAUAUCUCCCUUUAUCAAGAAGGAAUUUCAGGAAAAGUUGGUCAAAUUCUACAAUAUACUGCUACAUUUCUUGGUGGUUUUAUAAUUGGUUUUAUAAAAGGUUGGAAAUUAACUCUUGUUCUUUGUGCUGUGUUUCCUUUAUUGGCUAUCUCGGGUGCAUUUAUGGCUAAAGCUCUUAGUAGAGGCACGGCUGAAGGGCAAGAUGCAUAUGCCGCUGCAGGAAGUGUAGCGGAACAAGUAAUUUCUGGUAUAAGAACAGUAACUGCAUUUGGUGGUCAAAAACAUGAAAUUGAACGUUACUUUGAACAAUUAAAAAUCGCGUAUAAAAUAGGAAAGAGAAAAGCAUUAAUUAGUGGGUUAGGUCUUGGUAUUCUUAUGUUUAUUAUGUUUGGUUGUUAUGGUUUGGCUUUUUGGUUUGGUAGUAUUCUAGUAGUAAAUCAUGAGAUGACUGGUGCUCAAAUCUUAAAUGUGUUCUUUGCCGUUUUUAUUGGUGUAUCAAAUGCUAUGGGUGCUGCUGCUAAAUUAUUUGAAGUAAUAGAUCGAAUUCCUAGUAUAGAUUCAACAUCAUCUAAUGGUAAAAUAAUUCAAAAAUCUUCUUCAAAAGGUCGUAUAGAAUUUAGAAAUGUUUCUUUUAAUUACCCUACAAGACCUGAUGUUCAAAUUUUAAAAAAUUUUAAUUUAAUAAUUGAACCUGGUCAAACUGUUGCUUUGGUUGGUAGUUCAGGAAGUGGUAAAUCUACAAUUGUUAGUUUAUUAGAAAGAUUUUAUGAUCCAAUUAAUGUUGGUCAAGAACCUGUUUUAUUUCCAGAAUCUAUUAAAGUUAAUAUUACAUGGGGUGGUGAUCCAAUGGAAUCUGAACCUACUUUAGAAGAUGUUAUAGAAUCAUGUAAAAAAUCAAAUGCUCAUGAUUUUAUUGAUGAAUUACCUAAAAAAUAUGAUACUAUUGUAGGAGAAAAAGGAAGUUUACUCUCAGGUGGUCAAAAACAACGAAUUGCUAUUGCUAGAGCUUUAAUCAAAGAUCCACGGAUAUUACUUUUAGAUGAAGCUACUUCUGCACUUGAUACUGAAUCUGAACGAUUAGUACAAGAAGCAAUAGAUAAAGCUGCUACUAAUAGAACAAGUAUCGUAAUAGCACAUCGAUUAUCAACUAUUAAACAUGCUGAUAAAAUAAUUGUUAUGAAGAAAGGUGAAAUUAUUGAAACUGGACGUCAUGAUGAAUUAAUUGCUAAAAAAGGAAUGUAUUCUGACCUUGUCAAAGCUCAAGAAUUAGAAACUCAAAAAACUAUAAAAGGAAGUGAUGAAGUUGAUGACGAUGAACUUGAACUUGAUUCAAGUACUAGUUCUCAUGAUGAUACUACAGUAUUAAUUGAUGAAAAGAAUCAUAAAUUACAUUUAAGAAAAAUUUCUACUAGAGGAUCAACUAUUAAAUCUAUAAAGGCUGAUGAUGAAAUUAGGAAAGAAGAAGAUGAAAAGAAAAUUUUGGCAAAAAUGCCAAUAGGAAGAAUAUUUAGAUUAUCUAAACCUGAAUAUGGAUUGAUGUUUAUUGGCUGUAUUGGUGCUGCAGCGUUGGCAGUUGUCAGUUUUCUGGCAAACUUUUUUCAAUUAGGAAUGUUCACUUUAGCUGGUGAACGUCUUACAAAACGACUUAGAGAAUUAACUUUUAAAUCUUUAAUAAAUCAAGAUAUUGCAUUUUUUGAUGAUGAAAAAAAUGGAACUGGUAUUUUAACUUCAAAAUUGGCAGCUGAUGCAACGAAAGUUCAAGGAAUAACUGGUGUUAUUCUUGCUGCUUCACCUGCUGUUGUAAUUGCUGGAUAUUUAGAAAUGAGAACGAUAACUGGUUUUGGUUCAAAGACACGUGAAGCAUAUGAGGGUACUGGUAAAAUAGUUCAACAAAGUGUUUCUAAUAUGAGAACAAUUGCAGCAUUAACUAGAGAAGAAACUUUUAAAACAUUAUAUCAAAAUGCAAUAAAAGAACCAUAUUCAUUAGCAAUUAAAGGAACUUUAGUAUCAUCAUUUGGAUUUGGUACAUCCCAAGGAAUUUUAUACUUUAUUUGGGCACUUUCAUUUUGGUAUGGUUCUGUAUUAAUUAAAUCAGAUGAAUAUACUCUUCAACAAAUGCUUAGAGUUUUAUUUGCUGUUGUAUUUUCUGCUGUUUCUCUUGGACAAAUGAGUACAUUCGCACCAGAUCUUGCAAAAGCAAAAGUUGCAGCUAUCUCAAUUUUUGAAAUUAUAGAUAGAAAAUCUGAAAUCGAUCCUUCAGAUGUUGAAGGAAAAGAUCGUCCAGCACCAAUAUUAGGAGAUUCAUCAUUACAUUCAGUAUAUUUCAAUUAUCCUGCUCGACCAAAUAUACCAAUACUUAAAGGAUUAGAUAUGUCAAUAUAUUCAGGGAAAACCAUUGCUCUUGUUGGUUCAUCUGGUUCAGGGAAAUCAACAGUUAUCUCAUUAUUAUUAAGGUUUUAUGAUGUAAAUUCAGGAGAAGUUGAAGUCGAAGGUGUUAAUGUGAAACAAUGGAAUUUAGAGUAUUUAAGAGCAAAUAUGGCAUUGGUUGGUCAAGAACCUGUGUUAUUUGACUUAACUAUUGAAGAGAAUAUUGCAUACGGAAAAGAAGGUUGUACUAAAGAAGAUGUUGAAGAGGCUGCAAAGGAAGCAAAUAUUCAUAACUUUAUUACAGCUUUACCAGAUGGAUAUAAUACUCGAGUAGGAGAAAAAGGAACGCAACUUAGUGGUGGUCAAAAACAGAGAGUUGCGAUAGCACGUGCUUUAAUCCGUUCACCAAAAAUUUUAUUACUCGAUGAAGCAACUUCAGCAUUAGACUCUGAAUCUGAAAAGGUUGUACAGAAUGCAUUAAAUAAAGCUAGUAAAG